AUGUACAAGCUCUUGGCUCUUUUGGCUGUCUUCUCGGCUUCGGCAUGGGCUCAACAGACCACUUGUAGAGUUGCAACUCUUGGACCCGCCAUUUCCAACCUCUGUCCAGUUGGAUAUACCGUAAUCUCAAGCGGUGACUGUUGCCCAACAUCCUCCGUUGCCACAUCCACCACAUCCACCACCUGCGCGGACAAGACCAAUGCUCAAGGAGUCAACGAGUGUCCCGGAUUGAAGAGCUACUGUAACAACAGUCUCUACAAACAAUUGAUGACUGAACAAUGCGCCAAGACUUGUGGAUUCUGUAGCCCAUCCAACACCUGCCAAGACCUGACCAACCCCAACACUGGAAGAUCUGAUUGCGCUGCCAACGCCAACAAGUGUAACGAUAGCCUCUACAGAGAAAUGAUGAAGACUCAGUGCCCAAAAACUUGCGGAUAUUGCAAAUAA